AACUCCACCCACUUAGGAAGUAAGAAAAAAAAAAAAAACUUCAUGAAGCCCUUAUAAAGACGCAGUGCAUGCCGUUCAGUCUUGCACCAUAAACCAAACCAAAAUCACUAUAUAGCUAAUAGCUAUGGCUUCCCUGUCUCUCACUCACCCGCUGGUGAUGACCACCACUCCUUCAGCUCCAACCAUUCGAACCCCAUUUCCCACUAAACCUAAUCAACCUGGCUUUGUACGUAGACUUGCAUGCAAAGCCAGUGAUCAAGGUAGUAACAAGAAAAACCCUAGCAAACUAGACAGGAGAGACAUGUUGAUCGGUCUAGGAGGACUCUACGGCGUGGCUGGCCUGACCCUAGACCCGCUCGCCUCCGCAACAGGCCCGGUGCAGGCCCCGGACCUAUCGAAAUGCCACAACCUGCUGGAUCCGCCUUCUAAACCACCUCUUGAUCCAGAUGAUGUCAAAUGUUGCGCUCCAUAUAGCGAUAAGAUUGUUGAUUUCAGACCUUGUCAACCGCCUAGAACUUUGCGAAUUCGGCCAGCAGCCCAAUGGAUGGACCCUGAUGACGUAGCCAAGUACAAGAAAGCCUUAGCGCUCAUGAAAGCUCUGCCCGAGGACGAUCCGAGAAGCUUUGUUCAGCAAGCAAAAGUUCAUUGUGCUUACUGCAAUGGCGGGUAUGACCAAGUGAAUUCUGGUAACGACCAUUACAUUCAAGUUCACCACUCGUGGCUCUUCUUUCCCUUUCACCGAUGGUACUUAUACUUUUACGAGAAGAUAUUGGGAAGCCUAAUCGACGAUCCCAGUUUCGCUUUACCAUUCUGGAACUGGGAUCACCCUUCUGGCUACCAGAUCCCGUCCAUAUUCGUCGACCAGACCUCCCCUCUUUACGAUCUAAACCGAAACCCCUGUCACUUGCCGCCAACAAUGGUCGAUCUUGACUACACUGCAGGAGAAAUUUUUAAUCCAAAGCCUCCGGUAUCGGAAGCACAACAAGUCUCAAUCAAUCUAAGUGUUAUGUACCGCCAGAUGGUCUCUUCUGCUAAAAUUCCAUUGUUGUUUUUCGGAGAACCCUAUAAGAAUGGUGACUGCCCUGAUCCCGGACAAGGUAGCAUCGAGAGCAUGCCUCACAAUACAAUCCAUAUAUGGUGUGGUGAUAACAGAAGGGAGAAUUGGGAAGACAUGGGAAGCUUCCACUCAUCUGGGAGAGAUCCCUUGUUUUACAGUCACCAUGCUAACGUUGACCGAAUGUGGAAUAUUUGGAAAUCUAUCCCCGGUGCAAAAAGAGUUGAUAUAAACGACCAAGAUUAUCUCAACUCCACUUUCCUCUUCUACGACGAAAAGAAACAACUGGUUCGUGUUAGAGUUGGAGACUCACUCGACAGUAAAAAAUUAGGGUACGUUUAUCAAGAGGUUGAUCUUCCUUGGCUAAGGUCCAAGCCAAGACCAACUAAGAUAAACCAACAGAAAAUGUUGACGAAGAAGACUAAUAAUUCUGGAUCACCACUAGUUAAGGAUCAGUUAUUUGUCCUACCUCCGAAUAAUGAGGACAUGAACAUAACGCCAAUUAGCAGGUUUCCGUUAACGUUGAGUGAGACGGUGACUAUAGUUGUGAAGAGGCCUGAGAAGUCAAGGAGCAGGUACGAGAAGGAGUUUAAAGAAGAGGUUUUGGUUGUUUCUGGAAUUCAUUACAACAUUGAUGAGCCUGUGAAGUUUGACAUUUACAUUAAUGAUGAGGAUGACGAUGCCAUUACUGGACCUCAGAAGGCGGAGUUUGCUGGGAGUUUCUCUACAGUGGUACAUAAGAGCAAAGUUGGUGUCCAAUCAUGUGACCAAAUGAAACUUAAUAUUGGGAUAUCGGACUUGUUGGAGGACAUCGGUGCUGACGACGAUGAUAGGGUCAAGGUCACUUUAGUUCCAAGGAGUGGUAUUGGGAAAGUUACCAUUGAAGCCAUUAAGAUUGAUUAUAUCGCUUGAAUGAUCCGUUGUUAAUUAUAAUAAUAUAUAUGUUAUGUAUGUCGUGUUGUGUAAUGUUUUCUAAAUAAAGCAAGUCAAUGCUAUGAAUUAAACUAUUAAUAUAUAAUUUGAUAAGUCCAGCUAAA